GAGCACCCCUCCCCUUGAGUCCCGUCACAGCGCGCAGAGCCACAGCAGCGUUUCAGGAGGCUACAUAGUGAGCACCCGCUACCACUGGAGAGGACCAGUGAUACAGCAAAACCGACACCAAAACGAAGAUUCAGAGGAAUGGAUUAAAACGUUCGAACGCAUCCGUUGAGUGAUCGUAUUCGGUGUUUGCGUCACCGUGCACCGGACGAAAGGUUGCCUGUUUACAAUCUAUUUCCUUUGAGCAAAUUCAUCCGCUAAGGCGACUCGCUACAGUGUGUGCUUUUAGCUAGCCGGUGAUGGAGACUGGCAGCUAGCUAGCUAGCUGGCGUUACUCUUCUGUCAGGCUAGCAUCCGUUAUAAGGCUAACUUAACUUUGCUCUCGCUAUUCUGCUUUUUGCACCAGUCGUCACACCGACGUACUUUCUCAAUAGAAACCGGUCAAAAUGUUAGCGUGUGCGUAAGUAAGGCACGAGCUGAUAACGCCGGUGAAUUAACACUGGCACCAACUGACGUUGGGUCGCUAGUUAGCUUCUUUUACCUCGCUAACUGUCACCGGAUAAUUCGGAAUCGUGUCUGAGAUGCUGUAAAUAUCAGCACAACUUUGCCCGAUAAUUGAGAACAGCCGAUACUUGGUUCAUUCAUAUCUAUAUUUUUGAUCGUGUAAGUCCGUGGAUCGAAGUUUAGUCAAAACGGCGCCGUUAACGAACCGCAACCUUAUUGCAUACUGUCAGAGAGCGACUACCCCCCCGGAUUCUCUCGUAAUGCAUCAUCCGGACGCUGCAGGAGACUCUGGCGGUGUUAGAAAGAUGGCGCACCCGGCUGCCUUCCACAGGAGGGGCAGUAACACGAGCAGCGGCUCCGCGCUGUCAUCACCGGUGGUCAAUAACAGCCACGUCCCGGCCGAUGAUUAUCAGCCCUCCCUGUUGAUUCAGUGCCAACCUCCUGCUGGCUCUUCCUCCCCGGGUCCCCAUCAUAUUCCACCCCACAGCCUGAAUCUGCACUCUCAGCCCCAGCCGGCGCAGCAGGUCGCCGCCCAAACAAAAAAGAAGAGCGGAUUCCAGAUCACAAGUGUGACUCCGGCACAGAUCUCUGUGAGCACCAACAACAGCAUCGCGGAGGACACGGAAAGCUACGAUGACCUGGACGAGUCCCACACCGAGGAUCUCUCCUCUUCCGAAAUCCUGGACGUGUCCCUCUCCAGAGCGAACGACAUAGUCGGGGCCGAGAGGAGCUCCUCGGAGGAGACGCUGAAUAAUUUCCACGAGGCCCAGACCCCUGGGGCUGUCUCCCCCAACCAGCCUUCAAUCCCCCAUGCCCUGAACCAGGCUCAGCAGCACGUCGGGGCCUUGGUGAAUGGUAACGUGCACCACCAUCACCACCACCAUGCACAUCAUCCUAACCACGGCCAGGCCUACCCGCGGACACCAGGGCCCGGGAUCACCCCCUCUGCCCUGAAUUCUGGAGCUUUACCAUGUGUCACCCAGAAAAUGCCUUCAACCGUGGGGGUCCUUCAAGAGAAUGUUUCCCAGGCCGCCCCUCCAAGUAUCGUCGCUCAGCCUUUAGGGGUCGUGGCCCCGGGAUCUGUCCCUGGAAUGCACAGCUCUGCAACGGGCACAACAGUUAGCAUAGUUAAUCCCCAGACCAGCACUGUUAGUAAUGUGAAUAUGUUGAGCUCUGCCAACGUGCCUGUGAGAGGGGGGAUGAGCGUGAGCGCGAUCAGUAGCAGUGGUGGCGGCUAUCCUCUCAAUGUGAUGGGCAGCAGUGGGGGCAGCGCAGGGGUAGUUGGUGCCGGCACUGCAGCCGGCGGUAACCUCAUGAGCAACACCAACGUCGGCAUGAUCCAGCAACAGCAAAACACCAACUCCAGCAUCGCUAUGACAACGACGACGACGACUGCUGCUGCUGCUGUUGGGGCCUCUGGAGGGAUCCAGGGGAGGGUUGGCCCUGUCACAGGUGUGGCCCCAGUCCCUGUACCCUCCGCUGCUAUCCAGCCCGCCCAGGCGCCGGCCCCUGCAGUGGCUGCCGCCAGUUCUCGCUUCCGGGUGGUUAAGCUGGAUUCGAGCUCUGAACCGUUUAAGAAAGGCAGAUGGACAUGCACAGAAUUCCACGACAAGGACACUCCGGGCUCUGCUCCAAGCUCUUCUGCAUCUGACACCGGGUCAGUCAGCGCGCGACCGUUUGUCUCUGAGAGCUUUGCUGCGGCCCCGGAGAGGGAAAGCACAAGUGGUAGUUCUGUGAGUAGCACUAUGAGUACAUUAAGUCACUAUAACGAGAGCGCGUGCAGCGCAGAGGCCGGGGGACCGCCAGCAGCCCAGCAUGCCCAGGAUUACGCCUCCCCUCCUCCGGGCUUUCAAGGAGUCUUCCCCGGUGGCUUAAACAUGGCAGUGUCCCAAUCUCAAACGCACCCCGCGGAUAUGACCCAUUCACAUGUGAACACCACUGUGGCACCCUCAGCUCCCACUCACAAUUAUCAGCUCGGCCACCACACCCAACCCAACCAGCAGCUCACCUAUGCCCAGGCAGUUGCCAAUCAGUCCUCAGGCACCACACAGGGCCUCGUGGGUGUGCAGCAGCAGCAGCAGCAGCAGCAGCAGGGCUAUGUGAGCCUGCCACAGCAACCAGCUGUUACCCCCCAAGCAGCUUCAUUACAGGGGAGGCCACCUGAGUACGCACAUCCACACCAAGGAGUCUCCCCGGCCGCUGCUGCUUCUCAGCCUCUGUCCCACCAUACUGGAUCAGCUUGUCAGAUGAUGGGUGGCCCGCAGCAGCCCCCGUCCCUUCAGGCGUCCACUAUUUCCCCUCAUAUUGGACCACCGGGUCUCGGCCAACAGCCCCAGAGCCACGCGGUCAAUCAGGAUUCCCAGCAGCAGCAGCAGCAGCAGCAGCAGCAGCAGCAACAACAACAGUCACUACAGACACCGAUCCACAACCAAGGCGUGGGCCCCCAGCUGGCCGCAACAGUCCACCAGAGCCAAGUGUCUGCCCAGAGCGUGCCUCCCUCCAACCCUCAGAGCGCUCCCAAAGCGCACAACGCUGGGAACAGCGGCAGGAUGCCCCCGCAGAGCCAGCUCUCCAGCGGGGGCUUGUCCCAGGACCACAGCAGCGUCCUGGCCCUGGUUCACGCUGCCCAGGCCAGUGCCCUCUACGCCAGUCUGCCCACCUUCACCACCACCCAGCUGCAGGACGCCCAGCGGCUGCUCCUCCAGCACCAGUCGGCUCUGUUGGGGCUGCCCAAACUGUCUGGCGGGGAGGCCGGAUCCGGCACAGGCCCGGGUCAAGAAGCCGAGGGCGCCGCCGCUGCCGCCAGUGCCUUAGUUGCAUCAGCUGGUCUCAGGGCUGCCGAUGGGGAGGAGGACGGCUCGUCGGGAGCCAGCGUCGUGGCCAUAGACAACAAGAUUGAACAAGCGAUGGACCUGGUGAAGAGUCACCUGAUGUACGCCGUGCGUGAGGAGGUGGAGGUCCUCAAGGAGCAGAUCAAGGAGCUGAUCGACCGGAACUCCCAGUUGGAGCAGGAGAACACCCUGCUGAAGACCCUGGCCAGCCCAGAGCAGAUGGCCCAGUUCCAGGCCCAGGUUCAGUCCGGCUCCCCCCCCGCCCCUCCGACGGCUGCCACGCCGGGGCCUCCGGGCGGCGCCGCUCUCGCCCAGCCCGCCUCGCACAGCUCCGGACCGUCAGCGUAGCCUGUUCUCUCUCUCUCUCUCUCUCUCUCUCUCUCUCUCUCUCUCCCCUUCUCUUACCGACGGACGGACGGACACGUUUUUUUGCCUGUUCUGCUACGCCUGGCCUUCCGCAGCAGGAGGUUCGGCUGUCAAGACAAAGAAUUUGCACAUAUUUAUCUCUCAGAAGGAUGCACCCGACAGGGCGGGCGGCGCAGCGGCGGCGGAAGAAUAAGAAGAAGAGGAAGAGGAGGAGGGGUGGGCAAUCCGCAGACGCUGUGUGGGGGGGCUUGUUUCAAAGGAGGGUUGAAUCAUCGAACAUUUGCCAAAAAAAAAAACCUUGGACAUAUCAACUAGAAUGUCACGCGGAGGAGAAACAAAAUCGCUCAGCGGUGGCGACAAUAUGCUUAGAUGUAGAUUGGAAAAAAAAAAUCACUGUGCCUGUGUCUGGAUUUUAAGUGAUGUCGAUUUUACUGAUGACAAAGACGACUGAAGAGAAGGAGGUGGAGGAUUGUAUUAGUUACCUUUUUUUCUUUUUUUUUUCUUGCUGAAUGAUGUAAAUAAAAGUGGUUCUCUGAAGGCGACCAUAAAGUACGGGCCUCAAGGUUUGCGAGAGAGGAAAAAGUUUUCUCUGAGGGACAAACGGGGAAUGUGAGCGAUUUAUUAUUACAAAGUCCCCAUCUGGAAUGGGGGAGUCGGGGGUAUAUUGAACAUUUGUCAGCGUUGAUGACGUUACUUCGACUGCGUGUUGGUGGGAUGAACAAAACGUGGUUCCCUAUUGAGAUGAUGACAUUCUAUUUCAGUAUUUCACUUUCAAGCUCCUCAUUUUGCUCUCGAACUAAGCUCAACGCUGUUUUUUUCUUUCUUUUUUUCAACCCUGCUGUGGCAUGUAAUUUAUACCUUAAUCGCCAGGGUUGAGACUUUGGGCUAAGCUGCAUUUCUUUUUCUUUUCUUUUUUCUAAAAAUUUGAUGGGCAGAAGAUUAUGUAUAUUUCUGUAUAGUGUAAGUACCAUGUAAAAUAGUGAGGAGAGGGAGUAAAAACAACAGAGGUUAUCUCGGUCACACAGAUGGAAGCGGGUGAGCGAGGAAGGUGCCGUCUGUGGCGUCUAUUUUUAAUGCUGUAUUUUCCAGACUGGAGUUGGGGUUAUUUAACUGGCACAACUUAACACGCCAACUAUGUUGUCCAUAUCCCUUACGAAGACUCUUUGUCACUUUCACGACUUUUCUUUCCAGAGUAUUGCACCUUUUUAUGAUUUUUUUUUUUUU